AUGAAUAAAGUUGCUCAAUUGUCUCGGGGGAAUAAUAUGUGCCCCAUUUGUAAUUCUGAACCUGAGACAAUGUUGCGUGCUUUGAGGGACUGUUUGGAGACGAAACAGUUUUGGAUAAGUCCCUGUGGCCAAUGGAGAAAUGAGAAGAUGCAUGGCACUGGUAUCCCUCCUUUUAGGUCGAGAGAGGUUCUAAUUCAGAAGCUUGUUCAUGAUGUUGAGAUGGCUGUGGGGAGAGGAAAUGAGCAUUUAGUUGUUAACACAGAUGGUGCUGCUCGUGGAGCUCCUAGCAUAGCUGCUUGUGAUGAAGUUAUGAGAGAUUCUCAAGGGAGAUGGCUGGGUGGAUUUGCUUAUAGACUUUGGAUUUGUAAUUCUUUUAGAGCAGAGUUGUGGGGUGUGCUUCGCGGGCUGGAAUUAGUUUGGAAUUCUGGUCACCGUAAUGUUAUAAUUUGA